UUAGGAUGACAGUGAGAGGAGGAGAGGACCGAGAGAGGUUUAUUUGUCUUCUCCUUUGCGGUUCAGUUGUGUUUUCCUUUGCCUGUUUUGUUCAUAGUUAUUGCCGUGCUCGUCGCUGUCGUGUUGCGAGGAAUUCUUACUUAAAGGUUUGCAUGUUGAUCCGACUACAUGCCAGCUAGCACAACAAAGCUAGCUCGUUAGCCGUUGGCUUCAGAUCGCUAACAGGUAAAGUGAAGAAUCGGAGUCGCUGAAGGGAAUGGAAAGAAACAACGACUAAUCAGAGAGAACCACUCACGGAUUCUGUCUUCUUGAGUCACUGGUUAUUAGUGUUGCUGUAAUCUCCAAUAUGGUGCAGAAGUAUCAGUCCCCAGUGCGGGUGUACAAGCAUCCCUUUGAGCUGGUAAUGGCGGCCUACGAGCGCCGGUUCCCCACAUGCCACCUUAUUCCCAUGUUUGUCGCGAGCGAUGUGAUGAACGAAGAGAGCAGCGAGGAUGGAUCCACUCACAAAAUAGAGCGGCGCUGUGCACUGGAUGUGGAUGCUCCACGCCUUCUUAAACGGAUUGCAGGCGUGGAUUAUGUCUACUUCAUCCAGAAAAACACGAUUAACCGAAAGGAGAGGACGCUGCACAUCGAGUCUCAUAAUGAGACGUUCUCCAAUAGGGUGAUCAUCCUUGAGACUUGCUGCUAUUCGGUCCACCCAGACAAUGAGGACUGGACAUGUUUUGAGCAGACUGCCAGCCUGGACAUCAAGUCCUUCUUUGGCUUUGAGAGCACAGUGGAAAAGAUUGCCAUGAAGCAGUAUGCCAGCAGUAUAAAAAAGGGAAAGGAGAUCAUUGAGUUCUACCUGAAGGAACUUGAAGAUGAGGGCAUUACUCACGUGCCACGCUGGACUCCUUCUUCUGUUCCCUUUACUCCCAGCCAGCCAACCAGCCUCCCCAUCAGCCCGGCUAACCUUCCCAAACUCUCAGUCACUCCGGCCAUUUCUAUCCCGCUGCCUGCCAGUGUCAAGGACAGCGCCAUUCAGGAUGUCAAGCAGGAGAACAGCGUGCUUCUGGCAGAUAGUUUAGGAGACUUGCUGGCUGGGACACCUGAAGACAAACUGGAUGCAGAUUAUAUCAAACGUUACCUUGGAGACCUCACCCCCUUGCAGGAGAGCUGUCUAAUCAGACUUCGCAAAUGGCUGCAGGAAACACACAAAGGAAAGAUCCCAAAGGAUGAGCACAUCCUGCGCUUCUUACGUGCCAGGGACUUCAACAUAGAUAAGGCUCGGGAGACCCUGUGCCAAUCACUGACCUGGAGGAAGCAGCACCAGGUGGACUACCUGUUGGAGACCUGGACCGCACCACAGGUCCUCCAGGACUACUACACCGGGGGCUGGCACCACCACGAUAGAGACGGUCGUCCGUUAUACAUCUUGAGACUGGGCCACAUGGACACCAAAGGACUUGUUCGUGCUCUUGGAGAAGAGUCUCUUCUCAGACAUGUGCUGUCUAUUAACGAAGAAGGCUUGAGGCGCUGCGAAGAGAACACAAAGGUGUUUGGUCGACCUAUCAGCUGUUGGACAUGCCUGGUAGAUCUGGAGGGUCUGAACAUGCGCCAUCUGUGGCGGCCAGGAGUCAAGGCCCUGCUGAGGAUCAUUGAAGUCGUGGAGGCCAACUACCCCGAGACACUGGGACGGCUGCUUAUCCUGCGAGCGCCCAGAGUCUUCCCUGUCCUGUGGACACUGGUGAGCCCCUUCAUUGAUGAAAACACCCGAAAGAAGUUUCUAAUCUAUGCGGGCAAUGAUUACCAAGGGCCUGGUGGCCUGGUGGACUACAUAGACAAGGAGAUCAUCCCCGACUUCCUGGGAGGAGAGUGUAUGUGUGAGGUUCCAGAAGGUGGACACGUUCCCAAAUCUAUGUAUCGGACACCUGAAGAGCUUGAGAAUGAGGAUGUCCGCCUCUGGACUGAGACCAUCUACCAAAGCGCCAGCAUCUUUAAGGGAGCGCCACAUGAGCUUCUGAUUGAGAUAAUCGAUGCCUCCUCUGUCAUCACCUGGGACUUUGACGUGUGCAAAGGUGAUGUGGUUUUCAAUAUCUACCACUCCAAGCGGGCCCCCCAGGUGCCACGUAAAGAUACGCUGGGAACUCAUGGCAUCACCUCCCCAGGAGGCAACAAUGUCCAGCUUAUUGAUAAGUCCUGGACACUGGGUCAAGAUUACAGCAUGGUGGAGUCUCCGUUCACCUGCAAAGAGGGAGAGAGUGUGCAGGGUUCCCACAUUACACGCUGGCCUGGUUUCUACAUUCUCCAGUGGAGGUUCCACAGCAUGGCGGCGUGCGCUGCCACCAACCUGCCACGCGUGGACGAUGUUUUGGCCACGCUGCAGGUCUCCUCACACAAGUGUAAAGUCAUGUACUACACCGAGGUGCUGGGCUCGGAGGACUUCAGGGGGUCGAUGACCAGCCUGGAGUCGAGCCACAGCGGCUUCUCUCAGCUCAGCGCCGCCACCACCUCAUCGAGCCAGUCACAGUCCAGCUCCAUGAUCUCGAGGUAGAAACCUGAACGCAGAAGACUUUGGACUUCAAUACCCACAACUCCCCUGUACCCUUGCUGUCACCUGUCCUCCUGCCCCGUCUUCUUUGGACUCCUGUUGUACAGCCAGUCUCUACAGAACUGAAGAAUGCUGGCAAAAAUAAUACAAAAAAAUAUAGAAUAUAAGUAUAUAUAUUUAAAAAAAAAGAAAAAGAAAUCUGAAGCAAAAAGAAAACACAAAGACUCUGUGAAAAAUUUUUAAGGGCUGACAUUUGCACAAAGGUCGUACUUUUUACGCCUCCGCCAGACGUCACUUUGAAAUCAGAACAUUAGUAGAAUGUUUGCAUGUGGAAGACUUGAUAAGAUGACCUGGUGCCUCUGGGGCACUGGAGGUGGGGUGCAGCAAUAUACUCAUUCUGGGUGCUCUGGGACCAGACCCAAAACACUGGAGGACCUGUUACAUAUAUGCAUUCAUUUACACACAGAUAUACAUAUUUACAGCACGUUACAGGUGCGUACCUCAUUCGUGUGCAUUGGCUGAGGAGACUGGAUGAGCUGUUACAUGCAAACAUGCAGGGAUGUGUGAUUUACAAUGUGCACUGUUUGCCAUAUGAUCUGAGGGUUUUAUUUAAUAGGUCAAAUGUGUGUGAGUGUGUGAGUGAGGCAGAAACUCUCAGCCAAACCUCGAUUAAACAGCACUUAAAUAGUUUAUUUUAGAUGAAACAAAGUCACCGACUGGGUGACGCGUACUGAGUGAACACAUUGCAGACGACACCAGCAAAGCUUUGCAGUUGUCAGGAAACUCCAACAUUCUCGCUCCGCUUUCAUUUUCUUGACACGAGUAUCGGAAUUCCGCCAGUCCAUCUCACUAGGGGCUGAAUCGCUUUUUCAAUUCUUUGACUUGAGUUUAAUUCUUGAUGAAAGCAAUAACACAGAUUUGACUUUGUACUGUGUGAAGUGUUUUUAUUUAUCAUGUGGAAGACGGGCGGCGAUUGGAUGAUUUGUUGCGUGCAGGCAGACGGACAGACAAGCUGAGCCAGUGAAACAACAAGAAGUGUACGGCAUAAACAGUUCUCCAUGCCUUAUAACACCUUCAUAACAUGGCGCCUGCUUCAAGAGGCACAACCUUGUAGCGGUUCGAGUUCAAAAUGGCACCCCAGGCCCGUUUCAAAAUGUAAAUGCCAGAGGAUUUUGAAAAUGAGGAUGUGGGGGGGGAAAGGCCUGUUUUGCGCUUGAUGUAAACUGAAUUAUGAAUUGUUCUGACCACACUUGGUUUGCGUUCUGUCCCAUAUCUGCAUGAAUGACACGCUCCUACCUUUUCAUUGAUAAUGUGAAUGUGCUACUGAUGGAACUAGCGCACACUAACCAAUGAGAUGCCUGAAUUAGGAGGAUCUUGACGUAAUCAAGCAGAGCUGCCGUCGUUACUUUUUUUUUUUUUUUGUAACUUUGAUUCGGUGUACUUUCAGGGACGAAUGUUACUUUGUGAAGAUGCGUAUCAUUUGAUGGCGCACUGGUAGAAAACCUAUUGAUACUGUACAUUUCGGGUGGCACACGUUGCCGCUGUGGAAACGGUGUUACUGCAUGUGCACAUGGUAACCAGGUUUACAGAUCUCUAUUUAAAGACGUUUUAAGAGCCAUGUGUCAAUAACAGUUUUAGCCUUUUGUAAGCGUCACUUCUUUUUUUCUUCUUCUUCUCCCUAGAAGGUCACUAUUUUAUUCGAGCGGUAAUUGUGAAUUGAAUGAUGUGAUCAUUUUUACAUGCAACACUUUUUCUAUAUGACAACUUUAGAUAUUAAAGAGUUCUAGCACUUUCUGUAAGAUGUACACGAUCAGACCAGCCCCGCGAAGGCGUCUCGAGUAGUUACUGGAAAUUAUAUAAAUCCGCAGCGAGCGGCUUUCCUGAAUUGAUUGGCCGCUGUUUAUCUCUCUUUCUCUGUCUUUCAGAAUGAAUAAAACACUGUUGUUUUUAAUCUGUGUAAAUACAAGAUCAAAUGUCACUUUUAGUGUCCAUAGUUAAUUUCAGUAAUCUGAAAUGCUUCGUGUGUAAAGGACCUCGUCAGACUGAGGGCUAUUUAGUGUUAGAGCAGCUGCUAAAGACUUAGAAUUAAUGUUGGUUAGAAAUUUAUGCAUCGCUUCCCAAAAAGAGCAUGGCAGGUGUAUCAGUCUGCUUCGGGGGUCACCACCCCUGCACGUGAUGCUCGCCUGCCCUGCAUGUUUUCCGGGGCGUGCUCAGCCAAACUAGGAAAUGCCAGACUCCACUAACCAGCUGCAGCUGCAGCAGGUACACACGGAAAAUGUGCAGGACAGGUGAUCUCUCCAAGAGGAGGGUUGUGACCCCUGGUCUAUUUAUAUGUCCUAGAACCACAGGGCUUAAUUUUCACCUGGUAACUCAUUAAAAAGAUCAGAUUCCCGUUUAUUUAGGAUUCCGCUGACUAACCGUGAUGUAACUCCUUCCGGUUGGCUCUUGACGCUCUCAUACACUCCAGCUUUGCAUUUUGCUUUAAAACGCUUUUAAUCAUUAAAAGCAAAGCAGACCCGCGAUUCCUGAAGCUCGCUCAUAAAAGAUGAGAUAUGAAGCCAUACGUGUAAAGCAGGGGUGGCCGUGGCCAAGUUCGGUCCUCGAGAGCCACCUUCCUGACACUCUUAGUUGUCUCCCUGCUCCAACACACCUGAAUCCAAUGAAAGACUCGUUAGCAGACUUUUAAUGAGCCUUUCAUAGGAUUCAGGUGUGUUGGAGCAGGGAGACAACUAAGAGUGUCAGGAAGGUGGCUUUCGAGGACCGAACUUGGCCACUCCUGGUGUAAAGUGUACUUGGAUCAGAUGUUUCAUAUUGGCCUUAGUUUGGUGUUAAUGCCAGAAAACAUCCACUUUCUGCUGAUUUCCUCCCAACACUUUCUACACAUUCAUCAGGAUCUCUUUGACAUAUGAGGGCUAUAAUUGUUUUGUUGGCUGUUCAACACAUUUAUGUCUUUUCUAACAUUGUUGCAUAUCUUUGAUGUGAGAAACUGUAUAAAAAUAAUAGUUUGGAUUCAUGAAAAAAAGACAUCUUGAUGGUUUUUGUUUUUCAAAGCAUUAAAGUUGAAUAAUGAGA